GGAAGCCCGUUGGUCAUGGACCCCAACAGCAUUUGCAGAAAGACCAAGCGCCUAGCGGGGAAGCAGGCCGAGCUGUGCCAGACGCAGCCAGAGAUCGUCAACGAGGUGGCCAAGGGUGCCAGGCUGGGUGUUCGGGAGUGCCAGUACCAGUUCAGAUACCGCCGGUGGAACUGCACCAGUCACAACAAAUACUUUGGCAAAAUACUGCAGCAAGACAUCCGGGAGACAGCAUUCGUCUACGCCAUCACGGCGGCAGGUGUGACCCAUGCCGUGACCCAGGCCUGCAGCAUGGGAGACCUCCUCCAGUGCGGCUGUGAGGCGACCAGGAGCAGAGCCCCCCCAAGGCCCCCCUCCUCUUCCUCCUCAGACGGGGUGAAGUGGGAGUGGGGUGGCUGCGGAGACGACGUGGAGUUUGGUUAUGAGAAGUCCAAACAAUUUAUGGACGCGAAGAGGAGACGGGGGAAGAGCGACAUCAGGGCAUUGAUUGACCUGCAUAACAACGAGGCUGGGCGGCUGGCUGUGAAGCUCUACAUGCGCACAGAGUGCAAGUGCCAUGGGCUGUCAGGCUCGUGCACGCUGCGCACGUGCUGGAAGAAGAUGCCCCACUUCCGCGAGGUGGGCGACCGCCUGCUGGAGCGCUUCAACGGCGCCUCCAAGGUGAUGGGCGGCAAUGACGGCAAGACGCUGAUCCCCGUGGGGCAGAACAUCAAGCCGCCGGACAAGCAGGACCUGAUCUACUCCGCCGAGUCGCCCGACUUCUGCCAGGCCAAUCGGAAGACCGGUUCGCUGGGGACACGGGGACGCAUGUGCAACAGCACGGCCAUGGACGUUAGUGGGUGUGACCUGCUGUGCUGCGAGCGGGGCUACCGGGAGGAGACGGUGGUGUUCGAGGAGAACUGCCUGUGCCGCUUCCACUGGUGCUGUGUUGUCCAGUGCAAAAAGUGCUCAGUCCGGAAAGAGCUUAGCCUCUGUCUCUGACUGAAGGGAGAUGAGGACGGUUGAGAGUCAUUGAAAAACAAAAUAGAACAAAAACGAUUGAUCAAGAGACUUUGGGUUGUUUGGGUUGUUUUUCUUUUUUAGGUUUGCUUCGGCCUGCA